AAAAAAAUAAGACGAUUGACUGUGUGGAAAAGUGAAUUGAAUUAGUUUUGGACACUGCGCGGUGGGGAACACCUGGCCCGGAUAGGCGUUAGGGACUCUCCUUUCUACGAGUGCGGCAAGAUCUCACGAGCCUGGUCCCAUGGUCCGUCCUAGGCCAGGAACGCCUGUUCCAAGUUCCAUAGUGCUGGAAAUUGUUUGUCCUUUUGCUUUUAGAUGUGACAGUCUUGCUUGUUUGUGAUUUUUUUGAGCUCUGAACCUGCCUAUUAACUGACCCUAGCUCCUUAGCAGCUUUAGAUGCCUCUCAAAUAGAAACAUUAGUCUGAAAAGAAUGUUUUCCUUCCCCAGGAGAACAUUCUCGAUUAUCUGCGACAGUUCUAAAUAGUGCUGGCAAAUUGCCUACCAGCAGCGCCAACCCCAACAGAAGAAAAGAAGAAGAAUUAGUUUUGGACGGUAACCAAAACUGAAAUUGCAAUUGCAGCAGUGUCUAAUAAAAUCGAAAUAAAGUAAAAAAAAAACAAAACUAAAUUUUUCUAAUUAAAAAUAAUGGAUGAAAUUCAGUUACAAAAAACACAAGAAGCAGUUUUGAAGGAAACUUCUGAUAGCAAUCUACUAAAAGAAGUUGUACAAGGUUAUGAUUGGAACUUGGGCUUAAAUUACGAGCAAAUCUUGAAAAGUUAUAUGCUCAGUGGAUUUCAAGCAACAAAUUUUGGAAAUGCCGUAAACGAGAUAAACAAAAUGAUAGCCUGCCGUCGGCUACCUAUACCGAAGGAUAAAUAUGUAGAUACAGAAGAUGAAUUUAUAAGCACUAAAAACAAUUGCACUAUAUUUUUGGGUUAUACUUCCAAUAUGGUUUCUAGUGGUAUCAGGGAAACAAUUAAGUUCUUAGUCCAACAUAAAAUGAUAGACUGCAUUGUAACAACAGCAGGAGGCAUUGAAGAAGAUUUUAUAAAAUGUCUAGCACCCACUUUUGUAGGAGACUUUCAUUUAGAUGGAAAAAUGUUGCGGGAGAAGGGUAUUAAUCGAAUAGGUAAUCUUUUGGUUCCAAAUGACAAUUAUUGCUAUUUUGAAAAUUGGAUAAUGCCAAUUUUUGAUAAGAUGUUGAGAGAACAGAGAGAAAACGGUAUGUUGUGGACUCCUAGCAAAAUAAUUAAUAGACUAGGUGAUGAAAUACAGAAUGAAAAUAGUAUUUAUUAUUGGGCAAAUAAAAAUAAAAUACCUGUGUUUUGUCCUGCUUUGACUGAUGGUAGUAUAGGAGAUAUGAUGUUCUUACACUCUUUUAAAAAUCCAGGAUUAGUUGUGGAUAUUCUGCAUGAUCUAAGAAGAUUAAAUUUAAUGGCAAUGAAGUCGGUGAAUACUGGUGCUAUUAUACUAGGUGGAGGACUUAUAAAACAUCAUAUAUGCAAUGCCAACCUAAUGAGAAAUGGUGCAGAUUUCGCGGUAUACUUAAAUACUGCUUCAGACUUUGAUGGUAGUGAUUCAGGAGCAACACCUGAUGAAGCAAAAUCUUGGGGAAAAAUAAGACCUAACGCCACACCUGUCAAAAUUUAUGCGGAAGCAACAUUAGUAUUCCCAUUAUUGGUAGCCCAAACUUUUGCAAAAGACUUUUUUGGAAGUGAAAACAAUAAAUAAAG